UGCAGGUCAACAAUGAAAACGUUGUCAAGGUUGGUCACAGACAAGUGGUGAACAUGAUCCGCCAGGGAGGAAACCAUUUGGUGUUAAAGGUUGUGACAGUGAGCAGGAAUCUCGAUCCAGAGGACACAGCCCGAAAGAAAGCCCCACCGCCUCCAAAGCGAGCACCAACCACUGCGUUAACGCUGCGCUCCAAGUCUAUGACCUCAGAACUUGAAGAUCUCGAUCUUGAUCCAUCACAUUUAGAGGGUUUGAAGAGGAGGACUGCUUUUCAAACCACACUAAACAAACUCGAUGAAAUUGUGUCAAACUCCAAACAGUCGAGGGCUGCGGAAAAUGCAACAGCGGACUCGAGAGUUGCAACUAUCAAGCAGCGUCCUUCCAGUCGAUGCUUCCCUCCUACAACAGAUGCAAAUUCAAUCUAUGACCGACAGAGUAUUGCCGUUCUACCACCUACAGUACCCGGGAGCCACAACAGCCCCUAUUUAGAAAUACCACGAGGAACUAUGCGAAGGCAGAAAUCCAUAGGUAUGUUAGAAGAAGAGAAACAGUUUUUGGCUCCCCCUUUACUGAAGUUUACCAGGAGUUUGUCGAUGCCAGAUACUGCUGAGGAUAUUCCCCCUCCCCCGUCAGUCUCUCCUCCCUCACCCCCUUACAGUGCACCGAAACCUUCCACCCCCCGGGGCUACGGUACAGUAAGGCCCGGUUCAAAUCAUAAUUCGGCGUUGAGAGCUCACAAUUCCAAUCGACCAGAAAGCACGGGGACAAUUGGCACGGACCGACAGAAGAAAGCUAUGUACUACAGGCAAGAUUCUCAGCAGUAUUCCUUGGAUUCUGAAGAUCAGUACAAGCCCAAUGCUGUUUCACACCAGACCUUGAGAAACAGGAGGAGUAACAUGCCAGAGAACCCAUACUCUGAUGUAGGGACCACGACCAACAAAGCUGUCUAUGUCCCUGCCAAACCGGCCAGGAGGAAGGGCCAGCUGGUAAAGCAGUCAAAGGUUGAAGACAGCCCAGAGAAAACCUGCUCCAUCCCCAUUCCCACCAUCAUCGUCAAAGAGCCAUCCACCAGCAGCAGUGGCAAGAGCAGCCAAGGCAGCAGCAUGGAAAUCGAUAGCCAGACCUCGGAACACCAAGGUCACCUUCGGCCUGACGACGGGAUCUGUAACCCAUUCGCCGCUGCAAUUGCUGGAGCGGUGAAAGACCGGGAGAAGAGGAUUGAGGCCAAACGCCACUCCCCAGCCUUCCUGUCCACCGAUCUGGGGGAUGAAGAGGCCGGCCUGUUACCCAGCUCCUGCCUCAGGCAGUCCAAGUCUAUCGAUGAAGGGAUGUUUAAUAAUGAAGAGCGUUACGGUCACCUCAUGGUCCCAUCAUCAAAAGCUAGUCCCAAUUCCACCAGUACAGAGCCAAGCAAUCAGAGAGUUCACGGCACCUCCCGGAUACUCAACAUAGCUUCCAAAAAGGAAGAGAUUGAGUGUAACGCAGUGACUACAAAAGGUUACAGUGCGUCAAACAUUCCCAAUGCUAACAGCAACUACGUCCAUCCUGUCACUGGUAAAAAAUUGGACUCCAACACCCCUCUGGCCUUAGUGAUGGCUGCGAGAGAUCGGACGGUGAAAGAGCAGCCCCUACAAAGCACCAGCAAAGCAGAACCCCCCAAGAGUGAGAUCUCCAAACCACUCUACAUUGACACCAAGCUGAGGUCCAAUGUGGAGAGCUCAGCGUCUGGCUCUCGCUCCACCAAACUGAGCCAGUCCUCCUCCACUCUGAGGAAAGAACUCAACCCCAAAGCUGAAGUGGAUGGUGGGAAAGAAGAGAAGAAGAAAGUUGCGCUGAUGGAUGGUCUGGACAGUUCCGAGCACAAAGCACUGGGGCUGCUCAUGGUGCACACGGGGCUUGGUGCCAAGCCAGAGGAGACUGGGAACAUGGAAAAUAAAGACAAUUCUCCAGUGACAGUCACCCCAGAGCAGCACAAAGGGACGGAAACAACGAAAGAACCCGCCAAGACCGUCAUCACCAUCAGUUCCGUUGAUGAAUCUGCUGUUUUACCGUUCCGUAUCCCACCCCCUCCACUCGCCUCAAUCGACGUGGAUGAAGAGUUCUUAUUUUCCGAACCCUUACCUCCUCCGCUGGAGUUUGCCAACAGUUUUGAGAGCUCUGAGGAUCCCCCAGCCGUGCCGUCUCUGUCUGAUCUGCUCAAACACAACAAAAACGGCUCUUGCGUCCCUUCACCAUCACACCAAAGCAAUGCCAGCUCCAGGCAUUCAGCUGGGAACAAACCCAUUGUUCACUCCGAUUCUUUGCCCACGGGCUUUGUCCCACCGCGGGAACCUUGUGACAGUGUGGCCGAUUCCGGGAUCGAGGAGGUAGACAGUCGCAGCAACAGUGACCAUCACCUGGAAACGACCAGCACCAUUUCCACCGUCUCCAGUAUCUCCACUCUGUCGUCAGAGGCUGGUGAGAACCUAGACACUUUCACAGUCUAUGCAGAUGGGCAGGCCUUUACCAUUGACAAGCCUCCCGUUCCUCCCAAGCCCAAAGUUAAGCCCAUCAUUAACAAAAAUAAUGCAAUUUACAAAGACGCUUUGAUAGAAGAAACAAUGGAUGGGUUGUUCAUUCCGCCGCCUGCUCCCCCUCCCCCUCCCAGUGGCAUCCCACCUGAAACUCUCAAAUCCCCACAGCAGAGGAGCUCGAAGCUCUGGGGUGAUGGAGCAGACCCGAAAGUCCCUGCUGUCACCGAUGCAAAGGCAAAUGUCAUUAGUGAAUUGAAUUCAAUUCUGCAGCAAAUGAACAAGGAAAAGGUGCCCAAACCGACUGAGGCCUUGGAAUCUCCUUCAGGAACAAGAGGAGCAGCUUUUGGAGCAAGGAAUCCUGACGGCGUGAACAAUUCUUCAGGUGUACAGCGAAAUGCAACUGUAACUUUCACUAUUCGGCCUGGAACCAGCCAACCCAUAACUGUUCAGAACCGGACAUCAGACUUUGACAGUAUGACCAUUUUAAAGCGAGCUCCGAGCCCAGUGGUAUCUCCAACAGACACUGGUCAGACCCCCAGACCCUCCUCCUUGCCAGCUGUGUCUCCCUCAUCUACUCUUUCCGAUGCCUUUGGUUUCCAAAGCCAGCCAAUUGCCGGGGAAGGGCAUUUUGGAAACCAACCAGGCCGCAGUCGGUCUCCAUCUCCUAGCACUUUGCAACAGCCAGUUUCGAACAAACCUUUCGCCUCCAAGGCUGUCCUCCUUUGGACUAAACACGACGUGGCUGACUGGCUGGACACUCUGAACCUCGGAGAGCACAAAGAUGCAUUUUUGGAUAACGAGAUAGAUGGGACACAUUUACCGUCACUUCAGAAGGAAGAUUUAAUUGAUCUGGGCGUGACAAGAGUUGGACAUCGAAUGAAUAUAGAACGAGCUUUAAGACAGCUACUGUCGGUUAGAUAAACAUUUAUUUGAAUGCUUUACAAAGUAACUAAAAGAUCUCUCAUUAUUUUUGUCAACAGUCUGCAUUCACCAUAGCUCUGGCUGGAAUAUAAUGUGCGACUGAAAUAUUUUUAAAAGCUCAGCAUGAACAUUUGUUCCAAUAAAAGCCUCUAGUACAUUUAUAAGCACAAUACGUUGACAGUGUCAGUGGCUCGUCAGUCAAGCAACACCAUAUGCUACUGAUGUGCUGAGAAGAUUAGGAAAAAGUGAAGCUCCUUUUGUGAUGUAAAUAUAACAACAGCAUAAUCUAUAUUUUGAACGAUGACCUUUUAAUAUUGACCUCACUUGGACAUGUCUUAAUGAUACUGUAGUUGAACCAGCAGAGCUGUGUUAUAUACUUUCUACCUUUGCUAGUCCAGUAUUUCUUCACAAGAAUCCCAAUCAAUGUUCUCGAAGAUGUGCAGCAGAUCAGCUCACCCUGUUUUACUCUUUUUCCUUUGGACAAGAAGUGACGCUGACUAGAAUUUUGUUUCCUUUCUGCUGAGCAGUCUUAUCAUUUCCAGUAUUGUACGUGGGUGAGAAAGAAAUAUGAAGCUCUUUUAACUAUUCACAUUUUGACGCACUCUUAAUACUCUGUCAUGAUGGGGCACCGUUGUAGCAUUUUGUCCAAUUCUCUCCUCGAAAGCUCAUACAGAUUUGUUUUCGGUAUUGCUGUGUCUUUUCCAAUGCUGUUGUCAGGAGGUGCUCUUGAGAACAGUGACAAGAGUGUUGAAUUGAAUCAUUAUUGUCUUCCAUAGAGGCAGAUGAUUUACCACAAUUACUUACUAGAGCAGUCGGGAGUGCUCUGAAUGGGCCAUGUCUAUAUUCAGUUUCAGAGCAGGUGGGUUUGCUCAUUUGAGCUGUGUAGGAAAACAUGUCUUGCUUAUUGAAUAAAAUUUAAAACAAAGUGGGGUUUCUAUUUGUCAUUUUAGCUGCUAUUCUUUUUCACAGCUAUAUAUACAUAUAUAUAUAUAUAUAUAUAUACGUUUAUUCUCUUGAAUUGGUUAAUGACAUGUAACAUUAAGGUAUUCCAAUCGAGGAAUGUAGCUGCACAGUAAAUUAAUUUUUGAACCCACUGUGCCAUAAUACAAGUGAAGUUAAAUCUGAGCGGAUUUCUUUGCGAGGCAAUGGUUUUAACGGAUGUUUUCUGGCCUGGCUUCUUCUUUAUGACUGGGCGUUCAAACUGGCGUAAAAGAUUAAUAAUUUCUGUAGAGCAACAGGGACUGAAAAUGCAUUCUCCCUGCCAUAUUACAUAUUCUCUUUUUAGGUCUGCAUUUCUGUUACAUACUGUAAUUAAAAUUGACAAUCUUAAACACUUAGUUUGUGUAACAAUUGUGGAAAAAGUACCAAAUCUCAAGUUGUAAAUUGUGUAGUAACUUACAGGAACCCCCUGUUUCUGGGAGAUUUGAGUGCACCUCAAACUGUUAACUUCAGCAGAAGCAAUUAGCUGUGACUUUUGGGGAACAAUUUAAUUCACAGGUUUUCCUUCUUGCACAGCUCUUGGUAUUUAUUUGUGGUAUUUAUCAUUUAGCGAUUAUAGUUAAUUCACUGACUCCUCGAUAAUUGCAGCUGCAGACUAUUCCAGUUGAUCUGGCAAUGAUUACAUCAAUGAGCCGAUAAUAUCAUUUUCUUUACAAAUAAUAGUCACUAACCAUUUUAUUUUUUAUUUUGCUGGUGCAUUAAGGUGUAUCUCACUUUAAUUUAUGUAAAAGAUUUGUGUUCAGAUUUUCAAUGUUGCUGUAAUUUCUGUGAUUUGUAAUAUCUUCAUCUAGAUUCCAUUUACAAGCUCCUGUAACUUGCACUUUCCCAACUCCUCAAUAACUUGUAUGGCAACCAAAUUAUUAAACAAGAAAUAAACAUU